CAGCCCCAGAGCCCCCACACUCAAAUCCACAACCCCUCAUACAAGAUUCACGCCCCCCAGGAAGAUCCACAGCCCCCCCAAAAUUGACCAAAGCCCCCCCAAAUGAGGCCCACAGAUCCUGAGCAGAUGCACAUACCCCCUAGCAAGGCUUGCAGCCCGCCACAAUGUCCUGCAGACCCCAGGGAGACCCCCAGCCCUCCUGUAUUAGCCCGCAUCCAGAUCCCCAGACCCCGCAGGGCUACCCUGGAGCCCCCAGGCAGAUCGACACCCUCCCAGACUGGCCCACAGCCCUUCAGACCAGACCCACACGCGCCCCAGGCAGACCCUGCAGCCCCCUCUGGGUUGUCCCGGAGCCCUGUUAUUUCAGCCUGCAGCCCCCCAGGCCGGCCCCACAGACUUCCCGACCUCUCCCAUCCCCAUUUUACUUCAAUAAACCCCCUCCAUCCGCGCCCUUGGCCCUCAACCUCCUCCAUCCUCCGGCUACGCACCCUCAGCGUCCCCUUCCCGCAGCGGAGACUACGGCUCCCGGCGUGCCACGCCGCUGUGUACGCCGGGAGUUGUAGUCCCCGCCACGUGGAAGAUGCCGCCAUCUCCCCACUCAAACCACAACUCCCACAACCGUUCGCGUCGCCCGGCGCCAUCACUGUCCCCCCCUCGACUUCCGCGCAUGCGCGGUGCGGGCUGUUGUUGUGGCGGCGCGGCCCGGCCCGCGGCUUCACCCGGGCGGGAGCGAUGAGCGACAACGAUGACAUCGAGGUGGAGAGCGACGAGGAGCAGCCGAGGUUUCAGUCCGCGGCCGACAAACGGGCUCAUCACAACGCGCUGGAGCGCAAGCGCAGGGACCACAUCAAGGAUAGCUUCCACAGCCUGCGGGAUUCCGUGCCCUCGCUCCAAGGAGAGAAGGCAUCCCGGGCCCAAAUCCUGGACAAAGCCACAGAGUACAUCCAGUACAUGCGCCGGAAAAACCACACACACCAGCAGGACAUCGACGACCUCAAGCGGCAGAAUGCACUGCUGGAGCAGCAAGUGCGUGCGCUGGAGAAGGCCCGAGCCAGCGCCCAGCUCCAGGCCAGCUAUCCCGCAGACAACAGCCUCUACACCAACCCCAAGGGCAGUGCCAUCUCCGCCUUCGACGGUGGCUCCAACUCCAGCUCCGAUUCGGAGCCUGACGAGCCGCAGAACAGGAAGAAGCUGCGCAUGGAGGCCAGUUAGGCCCCUCCGCCGCCCCCCGGCCCGCGGCAGGACUCGCUCCCUCCGCUCCUAGAAGCUCUUGGACUGCAGCUUCCCAGCCCUCCCCGGCCCCUUCCCUGCUCCCACCGCGCCGGCCCCGGGGGGAGCCGGCCAGGCCGAGCAGAAAGACUUGGGGGGGUCAGGGAGACUCCCCCGCCAACUUCCCUCCGCUAGUGACCCCCCUCCCCUUCCCUCCUGGUUUUAUAGGAGCAUUUCUAUUUAUACCCGGGGACCAGUGCAGUCCAGAACAGGGAGGAGCCAGGCAGCCCCCCCCCAAAAAAGGAGCAAGCACUGAGGGGGGAUCUCCCUAUUUAUUUUCUCCGUGUGCAACUCCACCUGCCUGAGUCGGCGGAGCACAGAGCCAGGCUUGGGGGCUCCUUCCCCACUCCUCCUCCAUCCCUCCCUUGACCCUUCCCAACCUCCGUGGCAUUUUCCGAACUCCAGUGGCCUGUCCCUGCCCCGUAGGUGCCCCCUUUUCCCCCCAUUUUGAUGCCAUUCCAUGGAUCUAAGGUAUGUUGUACAUACUGCCCAGAGUUGUCUUGCAAGUUAAGGCUUCCCUUUACUAUAAGACUAUAAAUAAUAAACAAAAAAAGCCAAAAUUCCACUUA